AUGGAGUUGCAUUUCUCCUUGGAUGGAAGGUAAUUUAAUUGUUCAAGCUGUUUUUAUUAAGAAACGAUACAUUUUCAAAAAUUAUCAGGGCUGUACCAUAGCAGUGCCCAGUUACCCCUGUUGCCUUACUUUUGUUCUUAGGCAACUAAGAAAUCAUUAGCUUUUUCCAUGGAAAUCUUGUGCUGGGCACCCUGUAUUUCACAGGCUCAGAGCACUGGGCUCCUUUCAGUUUUUCGUGGAGUAUAGCCUUGAAAAUCCACGACAAAAAAUUCCUGCAUAGUUUUCUUUACUUUACCAUGUAUUGAAAAUAAGAAAAAGCAGGGUUUGCACAGUCUUGAAAAGUCUUUGAAUUUCAUUUUUCCUUGAAAAGUCUUUAAAUUUCUAUGCAAGUACUUGAAAAGUCCUUGAAUUUUCUUCAACUUUGAAUGUGGUGGCCUGGAAAGUGUUUGUUAAUGCUUUUUGGUUGUCCAAGACAGAAUAUAAGUGAUUUACGUAAAGUAUUGUUUGUUUUAUGCAAGAAUUAACUCUUAAUUUAAAACAAGUGGACUGAAAAAUGUAGAGAAGUUAGUGGAGGAAACAGUUUAAACCUUACAGACCUGUUAGAAUGGACUGAGAAUGUGCAUUUUUUUACAAUGUGUGAAAUUACAGUGUACUUUCCUGGUAGGUGGUCCUUGAAAAUCAACUGUGGUGCUUUAAAAGUCCUUGAAAAGUCCUUCAAAAAUGGCUGCGAAUUUAUGUUAGACUUUGAUAGAGAAGGGUCAUUUCUGUUUUUCUUAGAGUUAUUAUAUAUGUCAGGUUGAGAAAAGACUACCCAAUAUCAAGUGAGAAAUAUGCAAGAGCAUGUAGAAAGGACUGAGCAUGACUUCUGGCACUCUAUGAUGCCACUGUGCCUUGGUCAUUGGUCAAGUUGGCUUUUAAAUUUGCACUCACCUUUGUCACUGUUGUUAUGUUGUCUUUGCUAAAUCUGCCCUUUCUAUAACAGGAACGCUCUAACAGCGGCGUUCAGUCUUGCUUGCUUGGAGAUUAGAUCGAGAAAUGUGUGGUUCCAGGAAAUAUCCAUACCUCACCAUGGAGGGAAUUUCACUUAGGAGCCCCCCCCCCCACCUCCCUGGAUUUUCUAUAUUUGUAAGGAACUGAUGACCCCCACACCCUUCCCCCCCAGAAGUUUCAAAAAGUAAGACAAAGACCCCUCAAGUCGAUUUUUUGUUGGCCUAACAGGGUCCUUAUUCCUUUGGAUUCGCAUACAUAAUGCUUUUGGAAGAAAGAAAACCUGGUUUAGAUGGAAAAACAAUCAUAAAUGAUAUAGUUAAACUUAUUUAUGUCUCCAAAAUGAUCUACCAGAUCAGUAAGUAGUAAUUUUAGUACUGAGUUCGAAAUAAACCCCUUGGAGAGUGGUUUUUAUCAUCCAACCUCCUCCUCUUUGGAAUUUUCUGGGGCUCUGGCCACCCCACCCCCUCAGAAUUUCCAAUUCUCUCCAUGGACGGGGUUUGGAUAUUUUCUGGAACCACACGAUAAGGAGGCGAUUAAUUCUACAUGAAACAGGAUUUACUCGUUAAAGGUCUUUUACUUCCUACUUUAUUGACGUUGAGUAUUCUUCAGGAUAUUUACUUUUUUUGUUUCUGAAUUGAUUUAGUAUGCGUGUUAGCGACAAUCAAAACGACGUCUGCAGCCACAGGCUAUACGCGUGUAUAAAUACAGGAAAAUUUAAGGGCCUCGCCAGAGAAAUUACAUCAUCGUCAGAGAUCAAAAAAGUGAUUUACAUGGCACGUCCUUUCAGUCAUUGCCGAAAAUAAACCGCAUGCUCAUCACAAGACCCAUUUGCAUAAGGUGAAAGUUUACAACACCCGACCAUUGCAGUUUUUCUAAUUAAGAUUCUUAUUUUUUUUGACCUCUCAGUAGUGUUCACUUGUUCCAAAGUAAUCAACACUUUCAAUCGAUAGAAUUUGUGGACCGACACGUUUCGGAAAAGCUCCACUUUAAUCUUUCCUACAGUUGUGUGUAAGCUUUCUCCGCAAAACAUGGGUGGCUUCAGUGACGCAAUGAUUCUUAUUCCCAGUUUCCACAGUCUCCGCUAGGAACGCCUGGCAUGAUGACCCCCUUUUGUGUCAUAAAUACGAGGAAUUUAAACAGCUUGCAGAUUAUGAGUCUCGCUGCUUACGCAAGUGAGACUAACAAGUACACUAGUACCAAGGAACUUAGAACUUGUUUUUCAGAAAUAAAACACCCAGGGGCCUGGUUCCUCGAAAGAUGGUUAAGUCUAACCCAGGAUUAAGCCAAAUUUUAAGCACAGUGGCUGAACUUGGUAGUAUUAUUGUAUGGCAGAGAUAUUUUUAGUUGGAAGGUCUCAAUCAAAAAACAUCCCCUCCAAAAAGGAGAUAAGAUGACCAGGAGAUGUUUUUGCCUUGAGCCCUUCUCAGUUGGCUUUCUGUCAUCAAAACAUUAAGAAUUUAUGUAACUUUUGUUUUUUUUUUUUUUCAGUACCAUGUUUACAGCUUCCACUGACAAGACUUUAGGAAUCUGGGAUUUUGAAACAGGAACAAGAAUAAAAAAGCUAAAAGGUCAUAGCUCAUUUGUGAAUAGCUGUUUUCCUUCAAGACGAGGCCCACAGUAUAUUGUUAGUGGUGCUGAUGAUUGCACAGUAAAGGUAUUUUUAGUAGAGAAAGGCUCCUAAUAUUACCACAUAGUCUCAAAUACUCUUUUCUUGUUUAUUCGCCAAAAAUUAAUUUUACCAAUCUGCAUUAAGUGUUGCCUGCAUUUCAGACUUUCCCUCGACUCCCCUGAGAGGAGUAUGCAACUCCAAGGAAUGUCUGAAAUUCAGGCUUCAUGCAUGUACAUUAGGUGUGGUUAUGUUGUAGAUAAAAUUGGGUCUAAUGAUAAUUGAGAAUAAUAAUAAAAUUCUUACUUUUUUAUUGUUAUUAUUUUACCACACAAGAUAAAUUAGAGUCUCAAGUAGUAGUAAAAGCAUAAAUAAAUUGAUCAAUAACAUUAGAUUAAAAUUAGUAAACAGCUGGGAAGGCGACUGUGGCGGGGAAAUCUCUGAGAAGCAAACACACUUAUAAGAAAAUAGAGAUUUCCCCCCACUGGCAAUUUAAAUACUGGACAGCAUUCAAAGUAAAAGAGGAAAGAUGUGUAUAAGGAUAUAAGCAUGUAUACUGAACAAAUAUACAUGUAGACAUAUAGGUAAUCAGAUAUUUAACCUGUAUCCUGUCUGCAGACCCUUAAAAAUUGUUUUGUCAGUCCCUUAAAUAUGUUAAACAUUGGGGCGUCUUGGAUGUUGUUUGGAAAAGAAUUCCAUAUUCUAGUACUUUGAAACAGGAUGAAAAAUUUCUUGAUAUUUAUACUUAUAAUAAUUAUCUUCUCCUCUUUUGGGGCUUUUUAGAGAUAAUGAAACAUUCAAAUGGAACAUAACAAGGUUAAGAAUCCCAUCUGGUAGAGGACAAUCCAGUUGGCUAUUUUACAAUUUUGGCCAAGGAUUUGAAAUUGGGACUAGCAAGGACAAUUUAGUGUUAAUAGUAGUUUGGCUUUCUUGCUCUGGUUAGCGAAAAACCCUAUCACUUAGAUGGCAUGUAUUUCAAGCACUGAACAGAUAUGUUUCAGAUUGAAAAGGUUUGAUUCUUAUUAAUAUUUCAGUUGUGGGAUACACGUAAAAGGGGAUGUGCCCAAACGUUCCAAAACAUUUAUCAAGUAAGUUGUGAAGAUCAUGUAUGUACUGUACCAUGCUGCUUUAAAGCUUUUUAAAAAACUUAUCUAAAAAUAUCUAAAGCUUAUCUAAAAAAUGUAAUUCCUGACGAUUGAGAGACAUGGGAACAAAUUAGUCAGAAAUUAAUAUACUGACGGCUUGUAUAGAGGCACACUGGUGUUCCUGGGAUGGUAUCAGGCUAUUUGUGGUUUUGGCAUGAAACUUGUGCCAUUCUACAUCAGCUCAGUCCUUCUAAUGGUUUUCGUUUUGUUUUGCAAGUUUUCCUUUUCUAUAUUUUAUUUUGUUAUGUCUUCAGAUCUGUAUGUUUUGAAAUAAUGUUUCUUAUUUCAGUAUAUAGUUUACGAAUUUAGCUAUUUAGACCCGCGUCCUUUUCCAUUAGUAUAAUUUUGGAGUAGUCUAUGUAACAUUGUAAUUUAUUUUCCUUGAUCCCUUUCCAUGGGGUUUUACGUGCCACUGCAUUAGUAGGGGAAUACAUUCCACACAGAAUUUCCGCACCUUUUUUGUGGUCACUUCUCUAAGGUGGUUUUUAGUGGUUUUUCGUAUCUGGCAUGGUACACGUUCUAGCUUAGAACACUAUUAGUACUUUGCUAGAAGGAUAUCUUUGAUUUAUCAUCUGCAUCAGAUGACUGACUGACGCUUUCUAAAUAAAGGUUUUCACAUUGAAUAUCUCGUGUUAGGAAUAACAGAGUCAGAAUACAGCAUUUUUUCUUUACAUGUGUUACAUUUUAAUACAGGUAACAGCAGUAUCAUUCAAUGACACAAGUGAUCAGAUUCUUUCUGGUGGAAUUGAUAAUGAGAUUAAGGUAAUGAUUCCUACUAAUAAUAAUUAAUUAAUUAUUAUUUGCUUAUAAAGCUAAGGGCCAGUUUCUCAAAAGUCCUGGCAAUUUUUCAGACCCAAAGCUAAAUAUCAAAAUCAAAAUCUUAAAAUUCUAAGGAGUUAGUGCACAGCCUUUCAUGUGGAGAUGCAGAGAGUGUGAUGUUCAGGUUUGACCUCCUUGUUUUGACUUUUUAUUGUCUCCAUGUAACAAUUAGCUUUAAAUACCUGUAAAAUUGAGCAGUGGUGGAGAGAUGGAAUAAAAUGAACGUACUGCUGACCUCAGGGGUUUUAGUCUGUUGAGUACUGUUACAAGUUACCAACAUAAAAAUAAUAAGGACCUUUUUACUACCUUUAACUUGGGUCCUAGCUAACAUAGCAGUCUAUUUUGUCUUGUUAGUAACUUAUAGUGUUAUCAUAUUAUCUGCAAAACUACAGCAAUGAUUUGAAUGUAAACAAAACAACUUUUUUGGUCCAGUGAUUACUGGGACUUAAAGGAACAGGCCCCUGGAGAGAAUUUUACUCCAAGGUUGUUUGCAGGCGCUCCUUCAAAUAACAUUACAUUGCACCUUCCAAAUUUUGGUCUUGACGACUCUUAAUCAGAGUAAGAGCAAAAUUUUGCUAUCCACUAGUCCUUCGAACAAGCACUAUAUUAAAUCCCAAGAGUUCUUGUACAAAAAGUUUAGCUUGAAACUCAAAAGCAAUCAAGGAUUUAAUGUUUUUUAAAAUCUCAUUAUUACCCUUGUAAAUGUUUUUGACUUAAACCUAAAAUGGAGCUCGUAAAAACAAAUGAAAUGACUGUGGAAUGGAGAAGUUAAAAGUAUUAUUUAACUUUAUUUUGUCAAGUAUGAUGUUUGCUUUUAUGACCUAUAAGAUGAAUUUUAAUUCUACCGUAAUUUCAAGACAAUUUUCAACAGUUUCUUUAUUUUUCCUAAUUAAAAAUGUGCUUGUCUCACGUCGGACAAGUUAUGUCAAAGGUUUACAUAUCCUAAAUAAAUUUCUACCUGUCCCAGACAAUCAAGCAUAGGUUUUGGCACACCCUAUUAAUCCAUGAUUUCUAACAAAAUGGGACUUUUCUCUUGAGGUGUGGGAUCUUAGGAAAAAUGAUGUUUUGUAUAAGAUGUCUGGGCACACUGACACAGUUACUUGUCUUCGACUCAGUCCUGAUGGCUCCUUCAUACUUUCAAAUGCAAUGGACAACACAGGUUAGUAUCAGUCAAAUUAUGAAACAAAUAUAUUAAAAAAAAAAAAAAGACAUUCCUUUUCAAAAAUCAUGUUACCUACAUUUAUCCCUAACUGUCCACUCUAUAGUGGUAGAUGCCUUCUUCAGAGAGACAGCAGCAAUUAUUAGCUGGCUUGGACCAGGUUUUACAGCUUUUUUAUCGUCUCUCUUUUCUCUAUUUUCCUCAAAAUAUAAUUGUUUUGUAAUUUAUCAAUUUGUUUUGUUUUGUGUAGUUCGUAUGUGGGACAUCCGUCCUUUUGCUCCCCUGGAAAGAUGCCUGAAGGUGUUUACUGGUGCUCAACACAACUUUGAAAAGGUAAAGCAGCUUCUUAAGGUAGGGAAAAACAGGCAACAAAAAACAUGCAACUUGUCUUGCAACAUUGCCGCAAAAUGAGUUGAAUAGCGAUGUUAUGCAUUUUACCAUCCACGUCAAACCUGUCUUGCAACAAACCAGGUUGUUAACAGGUUUGAACGUGGGUGGUAAAGUGUGCAACAUCGCUAUUCAACUUGUUUUGCAGCAAUGUUGCAAGAAAAGUUGCACGUUUUUUGUUGUCCGUAUUUCCGUACCUUUAUUCAAUGCCAAACUUAAACUAAAGUCAAAACUCUUAGCCUGUGAGCGCAGACAUACUUCCAGACAUUAUUUCUCUCCACCCAGGUGGAAAGAAGUGACUACCGGAAAUACAUCUGCACACGUAACCUACAACACCUCCUGUGUUUAAAUAGCAUCCUUUGAAAUACAGUAUUGAUUUGUUAUUCUCUUAAGUGCAGGUUUGUGUAGUGCAAGACUGUUCCAAAAUCUUUUGUUCUCAGUGCAAACUGUAUCGGCUACAGAGGAGUGUAUAUAUGCAUACAGCUUCUUAGCACAUUCGCAAACGAAUACAGCAGUGCUGAUGCUAAAAACGUUUAGUUUAAUUACUGUAUUCUCUAGCAAGGGUGUCAAUAAGCUUUGGCAAUGAUCCAAAGAAAUGCAUCAGCUACUUUGUACGGGAGAGGUGAGCUACUUUCCCCCCUGGAAUUGAAGCUGGGAAAGAAGUAUUAAAUUAAAGAAAGAUACAAUACUUUAAGUAAAGCAGUCAUAAAAGUAAAAAAAGAAACCAUUCACCUUUUGACAAGACGUAACUUUUGCAUGAAGUGCAGUAUGCUACACACUAGUCAUAGUGAUUCUGUUCAUAUUCAUUAGGACAUAUGCUGCAUGUUCAAUAUACAAACUGCCAUUAUUUUGUAAAUCAAAAGUGAUCAGCAUUGAAAAUAAAAAAUAAACAAUAAAAUUAGACAAAAUUAAACACUGCUGUAACCUGUUGAUAAGAAAUCUUCCUUUAAUCUUUUAACUCAAAUUAGUGCCCAGAACCCUGAAAAUCACAUUUUAGGGCUUCCAAAAAGUUCAAAAUUUUCUGGGGGCAUGCCCCCAGACUCCCGUAAGAAGAUGGGUUUUAAAUGCUCCUUUUUGAUACAGUCAGUUACCUUGUUCAAACCUGCUGGCUACUUCAGUUUUUAUUGAAACCCCUGCUUAAGGUUCAGAAAUCUACUUUCCAUUUGUUCAAUAACAAUAAUAGCUUCAAUGAUUCUUUAACCAAUGGAAAACAUUUUUUUUAAUUUUUAUCUCUUGGAAUGUAGAAUUUGAUUAAGUGUUCUUGGUCACCUGAUGGACUGAUGAUCUCAUCAGGUUCCGCUGAUAGGUAAGUGUCACAAGAAACAUUUUGCCCAUGGCCUCAUUUCCAAAGUGAGGUUUUUGGAACUUGGAAAAUGGGCCUACCAGUAUUUGCGUGUCUCUGAUUCUCUUGACAAAUAGUUGACCUUAUAGGCCUGGGCAAGUAAAAGUUUUCUUGGGGCUUACUUGAUUUUUGACGCACAUGUUUACUCAGAAAUUUCAUUUAAGAGUGUGGGCACGUUGCAUUUUGUGAUAUUUAGCUUGACAGCUUGUUGUUAAUGGAAAUCCCAGCAAUAUGCUUCAGCCUUGCUUGGUUUUUCUGGUAUUUAAUAAUGAAUGAGAAUAAUAAAUCAUUCCCAACGAUACAGAUACUCAUAACCCAGCUUAGUACAUGUGAAUAUUCAACAAUGUUGAACAAGGAGGAAAAAUGUUGAAGGUGAUGGGUGAUGGUAGUCAAACUUUGUCCAACGUAGUUCAACAUCAUGCAAGAUGAGCCCCAAAUGAGUUUAACUUGUUAGAGGAAAUGUUAUGUAGGCAUCAUUGCUUUGGCUGGGGCUUUAGUCACAAUAAAAGGUAGUGUGCAACAAAAAUCACCCCACCUUCUUUCUCACUUAAAUACUUCUUGUUGUAGGUUUGUUUAUGUUUGGGAUACAAACUCCAGAAGAAUUUUGUACAAACUACCAGGACAUGAUGGAUCAGUAAAUGAUGUUGACUUUCACCCAAAUGAACUAAUUUGUGAGUAUAUUCAAGAAUUUAAUUUGUAAGCAAUUUAUAAAUUCGCAAAAUUCUUGAAACUUGUAAUCCUUUUAUUCAUUAAAAGGAAGCUUACAAUCACUGUUUCAAAGAAUUACUAUUAACUGUGUGUUUUUUUGUUUACCUAUAGUGAUGUCUUGUGGAAGUGACAAGAAAAUUUAUCUAGGAGAGUUACAACCCUAAAAGGAUGGCCUGAACAUAAGAAACAGUUAACCAUACUUAAGUGUUUAAUAAAUAACACUUGAAGCAGCUUUCUCUAGCUGUUUGUGUAGCUGCUAUGUAAACUACAUAAAUUGGGACCCAAAAGAACUUAAGUUUCAUUGAGACUUUAAAUGAUUAUUUGGAAAAAAACAUGGGUCAGAAGAAGGUUUGAAGACAGUGAUGACUUCAGUUCAUAUGGCCGUCUGAGUCACUCCCUUGUUUGCUCAAUUUGGUCAAUGACAUAUCAAUUUCUCACCCAACUGAUUAACUCAGCUACAGAAGACCUAGGUUAGUAACUAAAGACCAUGUGUAAUAAAAUACUUUUUUUAUUCAAAAUGUUUACACUUGUCAUCACAUGUUAAAUUUUAAACAGUUCAGUUGGUAAACCUUUGUUAUUGAAUCCUGUCCAUUCAGCGGGCUUAUUUUAGGACAACUUUUGUACAGUGUCUGUAAAUAAUACUAUUAAAGCUCUUUUUUCUUCGCUCUUUGCGAUGCAGUACCUCCUUGCUUUUCAUUGUAACAAAAUACAAAUAAAACACGCAAUUUUAAUUAACA